AUGUCCGCUCCCACUUCUUCGUCGUCGUCUUCCAGCAGUUACCUCGAGCAGGCGGCCUCUAUGCUCAGUACUGUUGGCGCGUACAUGCGGCUUCCAGCCAUAGCCUCGACGGGCAUCGCGGCCGUCCUGACUACCCUCCUUUACUUCAAGCAAAAGGCUCUAAUCUACCCCUCGCAUAUGCCCGCCAACUCUCGAACGGACGUCCCAAGACCCUCGCAGUAUGGCAUUAAGGAUUUCGAGGAACUGGUCAUACCCACAAAUGAUGAAGAGAAGCUGUCGGCGUUCUACAUCCGGGGCCCGCGCGGCGGGAACAACUCCAACGUCACCAUCCUCAUGUUCCAUGGAAAUGCCGGCAACAUUGGCCACCGUCUGCCCAUUGCCCGCAUGCUUAUAAACUUUAUCGGAUGCAACGUCUUCAUGCUCGAGUAUCGCGGCUACGGCUUAUCGACCGGAGAGCCCGACGAAUCUGGCCUUUUUAUAGACGCGCAAACCGCCCUCAACUACCUCCGCUCUCGCGCAGAGACGAGCAAGCAUAAGCUGAUUAUCUACGGACAAAGUCUAGGCGGUGCCGUCAGUAUCAAGCUAGUCGCCAAAAACCAAAAGGACGGGGAUAUCGCCGGGUUGAUCUUGGAGAACACCUUCCUCUCCAUGCGCAAACUGAUACCCUCCGUUAUACCGCCGGCUAAGUAUUUGGCUCUUCUGUGUCAUCAGGUGUGGCCGAGUGAAUCGCUCAUACCCACCAUCACGUCCGUGCCGAUCCUGUUUCUUUCGGGGUUGCAGGACGAGAUUGUACCACCCCGUCACAUGCGCCAACUUUACGAGCUCUCUGCCGCGCCCACAAAAAUUUGGAAGCCCCUGCCCGCGGGUGACCACAACUCGAGCGUGCUGGAGGAAGGUUAUUUCGAGGCCAUUUCGGACUUCCUCGAGAAUUUCACCGGCGUCACGAGCAAGGAGGAGAAGCAGCGCCUUUAG